CACGCUGAGAGACACAGAGGGAGAGACACAGAGAGAGAGAGAGCGCAAACGAGAGGAUGAGCGCACCCCCGCGGCUGCUUCGCUAUGACGGGCGGGCGACGCUCGUCAUCAUUGGGAUGCGCGGCGUGGGCAAGACGACGCUCGGCAUCAUUGCCUCGUCGGCCCUCGAGCGGCGCUUCAUCGACGCCGACGCUGCGUUCGAGGCCAUGGAGCAGACGACGGUGUCGCGCUACGUCGACCAGCACGGCUGGCCGGCCUUUCGGUCGCGCGAGACGAUGGUGCUGGCGAGUCUGCUGUCGCGCCACCCGCAGGAUGCCGUGAUUGCGUGUGGCGGUGGCCUCGUCGAGUCGGUCGAGUCGCGCCGGCUGCUCAUCAAUGCGCGGCGGACGAUGCCCGUGGUGCUGGUGCUGCGCGAGAAGCACGAGGUGACGCGCUACCUCGUCGCCCAGACGAGCCGGCCCGACUACGAGGAGGGCCUGCUGGAUGUGAUGCGCCGUCGGGAGCCGCUGUUCCGCGAGUGCGCCUCGCACGUCUUUGUCAGCCUCACGGCCGCGUCGUCGUCGUCGUCGUCGCCGCAUCCGCUGGCGCUCAAGCACGUCGAGCGCUCCUUUCUUCGCCUCAUCCGCUCCAUCCUCAUUGGCGGCGACGAGGCAAUCAUCCCUGGCGGCGGCUCGUCUCGCUCGUCGAGUCCCCAGAUGCGACCGGCAGCCAGCCUCUCGCACCUGCUCGGCGCCCACGGACCAGGACCCGGGCCAUCGCCCGGCCCGCCGGACCGGCGCUCGCCGAGCGUCGCCAGCGCGACCGGUGCCACCGUCGGCGGCGACGGCAGCAGCCGCUUUGCCGUGUUUCCCCGGCGGGCCGACCCCACGUCGCGGUCGAGCCUGCUGACACGGCGGACCACCUUUCUCAGCCUGACGUUUGCCGACAUUGGCCAGGUGAAUCCUGCGCUGCUGCGGCGCAUCGUCGAGGGCGUCGAUGCAAUCGAGCUGCGUGUCGACAUGCUCGAGUGUCUCCGACCUGCCUCGCGGCUGGCCCGCAUGCGCCGCCGCAGCCAGCAUCACCACGCCGACCGCGGGAGGAGCAGCACUGACGACGAAGACGACGAGCUGGCGCAGGACGAGAGCGAAGGCGUCAAAGAGGAUAGCAGAGACAAGGAGGCCCCGCAGGUGGACCUCACCGACGUGGCCAUCCAGGUCGAGACGCUGCGCCGGCUCGCGCCCGAGCUCCCCCUCAUGUUCACCUGCCGGUCCGACCGCGAGGGGGGUUACUUCUACGACGACCGGUGCCUCGCCCAGCGCGACACGACGUCGGCCCACUCCCAGGCCCUCUACUUUCGCCUGGCCGACCUGGCACUGGCGAUGCAAGUCGAGCUGCUCGAUGUCGAGCUCGGCUGGGAUCCCGUGCUGACGCGCCGGCUCAUCGAUGCCCGCGGCCGCACCGCCAUCGUGGCCAGCUACCACGACUUGAACGGGGACCUGCGCUGGGACAGCGUCGUGCCUGCCCAGCUGUACGACCGCGCGCGCAGCUUUGGCCAGAUCCACCUCGUCGAGAUCAUCGGCACCGCGUCGCGCAGGCACAUUGAGCAGAAUGCCUACCUGGCCAGCUUCCUCGCCCGCGUCCUCUCCACUGCUGCCGUCGAUGCCACGCGAUCGCUGCCGCCACUCACGGCGCUCAACAUGGGCGCCGCCGGCCGCAGCUCGCGUCUUUCUAACGACGUCCUCGGCUUCGUCUCCCACCCGGCUCUGCCCUCCAAGGCUGGGCCCGGCCAGAUGUCGCUGCGCGAGACCGUCGAGAUGCUGGCGAGCCUGGGCGCCCUCGAGCCGCGCCUCUUCCGCCUCGUCGGUCGUCCUUCCUCCUCUUCUUCUGUUCGACGCCCGGCAGCAGCAGCACUGGCCAUCGAGCGCGCAUUUGCCGAGUUUGGCCUUCCAUACACACUCGCCCUAGCCCAGCGCAUUGAUGAGCAUGACGGCGACGACGGAGACGGCCUCUUUCUCAGUGGCUGGCACACGGCCUCGAUGCAGCGCGCGCUCUUGGGCCAGAUGACUGCUGCGAUGACUGCUGCGAUGAGUGCGGCGACUGCGACGACAACGGCGGCGGCCCAGGCCGUGUGUGCCGUCGACGUCACUGCACGCGCCGACGCGGCCGCGCGGCUGCUGGGCACGCGCGCUGCCAAGGCGGUGCCCAACGCGCUCGGCGACUGCUGCCUCGGCGACGCCGUGGGCGACCACACGCUGCCGCACGCCCUCGAGCGCCUCGCCGAGCGCUUCUCGAGCCCCAUCAAUGCGCCCGGCCCCAGCCGCAGCGCCCUCGUCGUCGUCCUGGGCCACGACGGCGACGGCGCGCGCGAGAUUGCGUCACGUGCCGCCCUCUACGCCGUCGCCCGCCUCGGCUUUGGCGCCUGCUACUUCCAUCGCAUGGCUCACGUCUCGACUCAGUUGAACGAGGGACAGGCGCCCGACGACAGCUGCUGCGCAUGGGCCCACGAGGUGCUCGACGUAGCCAGAGAGGAGCGCGGCCAAGCGCGACCAAGCGCCGGCUGCCACGUCGUCGAGCUGCGCAACGCCUACGAGCUGGCGCGCUUCUCGACGUCGCGGCGCAAGAGCCAUUUUGAGCCACGGCAGCAGCAGCAGCAGCAGUCGCAGCAGCAGUUGCCCGAAGAUGGGGGCAGCGGCACGGUGAGCCCGUACGAGGCCUUCAAGAAGCCCCACGUCGUCCUCCUCGUCGGUGGCACCGACGCCGCGCAGCGCGCCGCACUGCAGUCGCUGUCUGCCACUGCCACCACUGGCACUGCCGACGACUCGUCGGUGCUGCCACGGGACAUCUGGGAGACGCACGUGGGCGGUACUAUUCUAAGGAUCCCCACCGAGCAGGACGAGGGCGACGAGGGCGACGGAUACAAUCAGCAGCCAUCGGAGGGAGCACGCAUGAAGGAUGAGGAAGGGGAAGAGGAGGAGGACGAUAACGACGAGGGCGCGGCGUGGGAGCACGAGGACCGCGAGGGGACCGUCCUCGAGCGCGCCGGCUGGAUCCACGUCUCGCCCCAGCUCCUCGAGCGCGAGCGUGUCCAGCGGGGCGUCGUCGAGCCGUGGACGAGGAUGGCGGCGCCGGCCGAGAGCCUCAAGGCGGUGUGGAACGGGCGUUGAGAGAGUUCAGGCUUCUUUUUUCAAAUCUCUUGUUGUACUACACUGUAUCGCUUUCAUUUCCUUCAUCUACACCGUUAAUUGUACACAUCAUGC